UUGAGGAUUGGAUCCCCUCUCAUUACUUAUCAUCCUCUUCUGUGCUGUGCUGACAGAAUUGAAUGCAGAACUAUAUGCAAAUUUUAAUUUUCAAGAUAUACACAUACCUUACACAUACGGACAUAAAACCUUAUUUUCUGAUUCACAGAAGUGAAAUUUGUGCCUUUUAAUAAAAGAAAAAGCUUAUCUACUCCAUCCAUCCAUAUCAUCUCCAAACUUAUACCCAAUGCUAUCAUCUAGAUUUUGCAUUUUCUCCCUGAAAAAUCCUUAAAUAAGUCCAUACUUUUUCACAUCAAGAGCCUAAGAUGGACAGGUUAAAUUUCUUGCUGUUCUUCUUCACUCUAAUUCUCCCCAUUUUUGACUAUUAUUCUUCAUCUACACUCGCAUUAGUUACACCAGACGAUGAAAAUGGAAACAAUAUUGGCAAGAAUACUAGAUUAACAAAUCCUCCACCUCCAUCUCAACCUCCGCCGCCCUUGCCGCCAUCUUCCGAAUCAAGAGCUCCGCCGUUCAGUCCUGGAGUGGCCGCAAUUGUUGGAGUUCUCACAACCAUUUUCUCCAUCAUUUUUCUGUUGCUUCUAUACGUGAAGCACUGUAAAAGGCGUAUGCAUGUCAAUAACUCCAGAGGGUACCCUCAAUCAGCAAUGGCAGCAAGGAAAAAUUCAGGAAUCGACCAGAAAGUGAUUGCAUCAUUACCUAUAUUCCGGUUUGAAUCCUUGAGGGGCCAGAAGGAUGGUCUGGAAUGUGCAGUUUGCCUCAAUAGAUUCGAACACGCUGAAUUUCUCAGAUUAUUGCCAAAAUGUAAGCAUGCUUUCCAUGUGGAAUGUGUGGAUACUUGGCUUGAUGCUCAUUCUACUUGCCCACUCUGUCGUUACCAGGUCGACCCUGAAGACAUUCUUCUCGUUGAUUAUGAGAAUAAAUCUCUGUAUAAUCACGAUCAGUCUAACGAAAAAUCAAGCUGUGCCCUACUGUCUCCUACCCAGAAGGGGAAGAAAUUUGUUAAUCCGAAAGAUUCAGGUCGGCAUUCAUCGGCCGGCGAAAGAGGAAAGUCAUUAGAAAUUGUACUCGAAAAUCCCGGCAAGGAUUCCGGCAGAAGAUCACUGGAUAGCUGGAAAACUGGAAGUAAAAACGGGUUCAGAAAAGACGGCGCGGCAGAGAAGUCCAGGCAGGAAUUGGGCAGCAAAUCAGUUGAUAGUUCAAAAUCCAGGAGGACAUUAGGUAAUGAAUCCCGAAAAGACAGGCAGCUGUUGGAACAGCAGAAGCAGGUUGAAAAGCAUCGACUGGACCACAGGAUCAUAAUUUCCAGGGAGACACCGGAAAUCAGCAGCAAUCACCACCAUGAUCACCGCUGGAGCGACGUGCUGCCAACAGAUUUACUCUACUUACGAUCAGAAAUGAUUCUGGGUGAAAGCCUCUGGUUUUCAGGGCAGUGGCGGAGCGUCGGAGAUGAAAACGACAGGGCAAAGGGGAGUGGAGGAGUAAUGAAAGCAAGAAGCGUGUCUGAAAUCACAGGAAUGAGUAGGUACAGAAGUAAUGGGAGGCAGGAGGAGGGACAGAGACAUGAGGGGGUUGUAAAGAGGUGGUUGGCUUGGAUUUCUCAAUCACAACAGCAGAAAAUGACAACUGCACAGGCAGCAAGGCCUUCUUUUUCUUCUUCUUCUUCUACCUCCAUUGUUGUUUAGCUUAGAUUAGCUGUAUUAUUCAGUAUCAAUAGCCUUUUUUCGAAUAUAUACAUUGUAUAAAAAUCCAUCGCAGAAGAUGAUCUAUUGGUACUUGGGAAUUGGCACUUUUCAAGUUUUCAAAAAUAUACUUAUCCAAAUGCACAGAUAUACAGGUUUCAAGAUUCCAAUAUGCAAUAUUAUAAUGUAGGAACCAAUUAUUUAACCGAACUAUACAUAAUAAUAUUUGAGAUUUUAACAUUUUUUCUAGACUGCUCAACUUAGACCAUCAAUUGCAAUCCGAUUCUUCAUGCCCAACAUGCCGCAAGGGUGACAUCUUACCAAAAAGUCCAAGCUAUUAAAGAGACGACACAUUUAUUCAUUUAAAAUUUGUCUCCAACAAAGGGAAUACAUGCACAUAUUUCAACAUACUAAUAUACUCUAAUGAGUAUACAAAAGAUAAGCAAAAACCCAGGCUAAGGAUAUAGUUAGUUUGGAAUAUUUAUAUUGAAACUAGACGGAUCUCAUUAAUAAAGCUCGUUUAGGCAUAAGUAGGGUCGAGGGAAAGCGAAGACAACUUCACCCUGCUAAAAGGCAGUGAACUUUAGUGCAGCACUAAGCACUAAGAUGCAUAAAAAUGGCAGAAACUUUGGAUAACAAAGCACAUAGAUAUAAAUAAUAUAAAUUGGAAAAGGACAAAAACCCCCCCUGCAAGUUGCGAACUUGCAUUUGGUAGUGCCUGGACUUUUAUCUGACCUUCACCAGAUCACAAUAGCAUGCCAAUCAGAGAUGAAACAGCAAUUCUUAUCAUCUCUGUACACUUUGCAAGCACAUUUACUGCUUCAAUGUCAACAAUCAACUAAACUUAUACCAGAUGAGUUUAAAGUAAGGUAUUUAAUACAUUUAUCAAAUAUUACGUUAAUUUUAUUCUACGUCUCCCUCGUCUAAUUUCUUCUUCAUGUAACUUAGAAUUCAUAACAUUUACGAAGCCAUUUUCUCCAGUCCACCCUAAACUUAUGCAUUAAGUUCAAGUUCUUGUUAAUUAGUGAACUAAAUAUCCGAAACAAUCAUUCAAAUAUAUAAACAUACAACUUUAUUUUCCUUUUCCUCCAAUGUCCACACAAAUAUCAGUAUCAUAUCAGUAUACUCGUAACUCUCACAUUUCCAAUAA